GAAAAAAAAAAAAGAGAAAAAAGAAAAGUGAUAGAAGAGAGAAGGAAUCGAGUCUAGUCUGGUGAGCCUACUAGUAAUUGAGUUGUCUGGUAGUGAAGUGAAAAGUGAAGUGAUUGCAUUUCCAGGCAGCCGAGGAGGAAGGAAGGAAGGACGGACGGAAAUCCAGGCGGCGGGGGCGGCGGCGGAUUGAUUGUGGUCAUAACCUGUUCAAUUCUCUCAGGAACCCGCACGUUGAAUCACUAAGUCGAGAAUGAAUCAACCGAAAAUCAAGCGUCGGGUUGGUAAAUACGAGAUUGGAAGGACAAUCGGUGAGGGUACAUUUGCAAAAGUCAAGUUUGCUAGAAAUUCUGAGACUGGGGAGCCUGUGGCUCUCAAAAUUCUUGACAAAGAGAAGGUUCUGAAGCACAAGAUGGCAGAACAGAUCAAGCGGGAAAUAGAAACAAUGAAGCUGAUUAAGCAUCCAAAUGUUGUUCAGUUGUAUGAGGUAAUGGGGAGUAAGACAAAGAUAUUUAUAGUUAUGGAGUUCGUAACUGGAGGCGAGCUCUUUGACAAAAUUGUAAACAAUGGACGAAUGAAAGAAGAUGAAGCACGGAGAUAUUUUCAACAGCUUAUUAAUGCAGUUGAUUACUGCCAUAGCAGAGGCGUCUAUCAUAGAGAUCUCAAGCCAGAAAAUUUGCUAUUGGAUGCAUAUGGGAACCUUAAAGUUUCUGAUUUCGGAUUGAGCGCACUAUCCCAACAAGUCAGGGAUGAUGGGUUACUUCACACCACCUGUGGAACUCCAAAUUAUGUUGCUCCUGAGGUCCUUAACGAUAGAGGCUAUGAUGGGGCAACUGCGGACUUGUGGUCAUGUGGAGUGAUACUCUUUGUAUUGCUUGCAGGUUACUUGCCUUUUGAUGAUUCGAAUCUUAUGAACCUGUAUAAAAAAAUCUCGGCAGCUGAGUUUACUUGUCCCCCGUGGCUCUCUUUUGGUGCCAUGAAAUUAAUAGCUCGAAUUUUGGAUCCUAACCCUAUGACUCGUGUCACUAUUGCUGAAAUUUUGGAAGAUGAAUGGUUCAAGAAGGAUUACAAGGCACCCGUGUUUGAGGAGAAAGAAAAUACAAACUUGGAUGAUGUAGAAGCUGUUUUUAAGGAUUCAGAAGAGCACCAUGUGACGGAAAAAAAGGAAGAACAACCAGUAGCUAUGAAUGCUUUUGAGUUAAUUUCAAUGUCGAAGGGGCUCAACCUUGGGAAUUUGUUUGAUGUAGAACAGGGAUUUAAGAGAGAAACAAGGUUCACAUCCAAAUGCCCUGCCAAUGAGAUAAUUCAUAAAAUUGAAGAAGCUGCUAAGCCUCUUGGUUUUGACGUGCAUAAAAAAAACUACAAGCUGAGGCUUGAAAAUAUGAAAGCUGGAAGAAAGGGAAACCUUAAUGUUGCCACAGAGAUAUUUCAAGUUGCACCUUCUCUUCACAUGGUCGAAGUGCGAAAAGCUAAAGGGGACACCUUGGAGUUCCACAAGUUUUUGAAUUUUGCAGUUCUAUAAGAACCUCGCAACAGGCCUGGAGGAUGUUGUUUGGAAGACGGAGGAGGAUAUGCAACAAGUCAAGUAAAAUCAGUGUUAUAAUUGUAAUCAAUUUCGCCAACCAAUUGUUCCUUCUACUGUUUGUGUGAGAACGUUCCUUCUUUAAUUCUACUAACGCGGGUUGGGUUGCUUCUACAUCAAAUGUAUUUAAGUUUUAUUUGUACUUUAAAUUGUUUCGAUGCCAAUCAAAACUAUGAUCCAA